AUGUUCUCAUCAUCGUCCUCGUCGUCGUCCAAGGGCGUCGCGCUCGUCACGGGCUCCGCGCAGGGCAUCGGCCGCGGCAUCGCGCUCAAGCUCGCCGACGACGGCUUCGACGUCGCUCUCAACGACAUCGCGCCGCAGAAAGCAAAGCUCGAGCAAGUCGUCGCAGAGAUCACAGCAAAAGGCCGCCGCUCGAUAUCCGUAACCGCGGACGUGAGCAACGAGGAUGAGGUGAAAGCGAUGGUGGACACCGUGGCGAAGGAGCUCGGCGGUCUCGACGUGAUGGUCGCGAACGCCGGUAUCGCGCGGUACCACUCCCUGCUCGACACGACCGUCGAGGCCUGGGACCGCAUCCACGCCAUCAACCUCCGCGGCGUCUUCCUCUGCUACAAGCACGCCGCCGCGCAGAUGCUCGCGCAGGGCCGCGGCGGGCGCAUCGUCGGCGCGUCCUCCAUGGCCGGCAAGAAGGGCGCCGCCCUCUCCUCUGCGUACGCCGCGUCCAAGUUCGGCGUGCGCGGCCUCACGCAGAGCGCCGCGCUCGAGCUCGGCAAGGCGGGCAUCACGGUUAACGCGUACGCCCCCGGGCCCGUGGAGGGGCCGCUGUUGGAUGAAGGCAUCCGUACGAUGAACGAAACGAUCGCCAAGGCAGGCGGGAGCACAGAUCUGAAAGAAGCCCUCCUGGGCAUGACGGCGGUAGGCGCUCUCGGCACGCCAGCAGAUAUCGCCGCCCUCGUAUCCUUCCUCGCGAGCAAGGAGGCGCGGUUUAUCACCGGACAGACGAUAUCGGUGGAUGGCGGGAUCAACUUUGACUAG